AAUGCCAACGCUUAAUCGUUGAAUGAGCUGUUUUUUUUGUGUAUUGAUUUGUGUAAAAGAAUCAAGGACGCGUACGAUUACAAUUUACUUGAAGGACAUUAUUUCAAAUAGACAGUGAUUCACUAUAAUUCUGAAAAUUGUGCGCCGCGAAUUUGAGGUGAAGAAGUCAACAUUACAGAUAAAUUAACGCGAGGAUAGGCGCAACACAACAAUCAUGGCUUUCGCCGGUCUAAAGAAACAAAUCAACAAAGCCAAUCAGUAUGUCACAGAAAAGAUGGGAGGUGCCGAAGGCACGAAAUUGGAUUUGGACUUCGUGGAGAUGGAAAGAAAAACUGACGUCACCUGCGAGUUAGUCGAAGAGUUACAAACAAAAACAAAAGAGUUCCUGCAGCCGAAUCCCACGGCGCGCGCAAAGAUGGCAGCUGUCAAAGGCAUCAGCAAGUUGAGCGGACAAGCCAAGAGUAACACGUACCCGCAGCCAGAGGGAGUGCUCGGCGACUGUAUGCUGCUCUACGGCAAGAAGCUUGGCGAGGACACAGUCUUCUCGAAUUGCCUCAUCGAGAUGGGCGAGGCUCUCAAGCAGAUGGCCGACGUAAAGUAUUCACUGGACGACAAUAUUAAGCAGAACUUCUUGGAACCACUCCAUCAUCUGCAGACCAAAGAUCUCAAGGAAGUUAUGCAUCACCGAAAGAAACUACAGGGGCGCCGGUUGGACUUCGACUGCAAACGGCGAAGACAGGCUAAAGGCCCUGGUAGGGCCAGCCCUUACAUGAGCCCAAGUCACAACACACCGAGACAGGACGAUGAGAUCCGACAGGCGGAGGAGAAGUUCGCCGAGUCACUUCAACUGGCACAGAUCGGCAUGUUCAACCUCCUUGACAAUGACGUAGAACAGGUGGCGCAGCUCACCUACUUCGCAGAAAGCCUAUUGGAGUACCACCAGCAAUGCACGGAGAUUCUCAAAGGACUUGUAUCCACGCUCAUGGAAAAGAAAGAAGAAGCGGUGAACCGUCCCAAGAUGGAGUUCGUACCAAAGACCUUAGCAGAUCUCCACAUCGAGGGCAUCCACGAUUUGAACAAUGGUAGGCGGUACGGUUCCACCCAGAGUUUAUCCCGUCCCCGCCAACACAUCCCCCCCUCGUCCUCUGUCGGCGACCUCAGCACCACAGAUCCCUUCAAGGCUUGGGAAGCACCCUCACCCGUUCGUGCCCAAGUGAGGCCGGCGCCGGGGUUCAAACCGCACCCGGCACCACGGAAUCAGUUCAAUGGAAGGGACCCUUGGAGAGCGUCUCCAUUGCCGUCGCCGGUUAAGUCGCCCGCGCGAACCCCCGUGGUUGCCAACAAGACGCCCUGCUGCACUGCUCUCUAUGACUUCGAGCCGGAGAACCAAGGGGAACUAGGAUUUAAGGAGAACGACGUGAUCACGCUGAUCAACAAAGUUGAUGACAACUGGUUCGAGGGCUCGGUCAACGGCAAGACCGGGUACUUCCCGAUCAGCUACGUGCAAGUCACCGUCCCCCUACCCAACAUGUAAGCACCGCCUCACAAGUAACCACCAACGUAUUCAUUCAUUCCCCUGCUGAUGUAACACAACUUUACCGUGACGAGAACCGAUGCAUUUAUACGACGCGAGAUUAUAUAGAACCCGCGUGGAAUCUCAAGUUGAACACCACAGCCGAACCGGUCCCACCUUAUGUAAACGUUGUGUUACACUUCUUACUCAUUCGUUACGAUGUCAAGUUACGCAGUAUUACGUAGAUUUGAAUCUAUUAUUGUGUCAAAAGCUCAAUGGCAAGCUGUUUAUAGUUAUACCCCCAUUUAUUACGCCGAAUAAUUUGAUGAAUUAUGUACCUCUUUCUAUCGGUUCAAACUUGUCUUCCGGUGUAUUUUACAGUUGUGUCAUAGUUUUGUCGUAGCAGAAUUUCAUUGAUAAUAUUUCAUCAUGUCUUUCGAAAUAUUAAAUACUCAAAAUGUUAUCAAUCUUCCAAACUUUAAAAAAAUAUAGAAAUAAAAUUGAAUGUUUAUGAAUUGACUUUCUAGAUGUAACCAUCUAAUCUAAUCUCAAGGAGAUAAUGCUACGAAUUUUACGUAUGAAUUAUUUUAUAUUGUACCUACCUACUGUUUGCAUUUAUUGCCAAAAUAAGUAAUUAUUUAAUAAUAAAAAUUAUUGUAAUAGAAAUCAUUGUAAUCAUGUUGCCAUUUUACUUCAUGACGAUUUAUUAAAUUAGUAAUGAGUUUGGAGUAAAUUGCCGUUAUUUUAAUCUAUUAGGUAUGUUUAGUUUUAAAAGUGACAUACGCCAAAUAUACCAACAUCAAUCGGAGUACCUUUGCAAAGCUCUAGAGACAAGGAAUCAUAUUGAUUGAUUGAUAAUAGCUGGAGUAUGGAGUACUGUCCACACAAGUAGGGAGGCUGCUGUACGUAUUGUCAUAGGCAAGUGAGCCACACUACAACGUUGCAUUCCAAAUACAUACAGCUCAAGUUUAUCGGUGUGGAUACGAUAAGUGAGAUUGAUAAUUUUAAGCAAAGUGAUACGUCAAUGUCAAUCGUAAUACAAGGUUGCCGUAGGCUCUCUGCGCAGCAAAAAAUCUGUAAAGUUAUAUUUUUAAACUAACGUCUACUUAUAUAUUAGUUAAAUAUCGUGCAUCUAUUUUUUUUAAGGUGCAUAUCCCUAUGUAUAGUAUUCUCCUUUGACGUAUAUUACUUUAUUUAGUUCAUUAUUUUUAUUUGUACUGUAAAGUAAAAGCACAGGAGCGGGAUAUUAUAGUAUUUAUUAGGACUAUUAUAUGAAACUAGUUAACACGUCAUGCGAUUAGAUUUUAUAGUUGUAUGUUUGCGGGUAAUUAUUUAACUGAAUGAAGGAAGUAUACAAUGUAUCGUAUAUUAUACAAUGAAUGUGAGAAUAUGAGGGACGGAGUCGUAAGAGUUGUUGAAUUAUUGCCAGGAAUCUAUGGCGUUUCGAUGUUUGAUGUAUUAUUGGCAAGCUAAAAAUAUAUAUAAUGUAAUUGUGAUAACUAUAUAUAUCAUGCUGUUGGUGCGGUGUCCUACCAUGUAUUCUUUUUUUAUAUUUACAUUGUUUUAUUUUACAUCAGUACCCUGUUUAAUUUUUCGACAUUUCGCAUAAUAACUCCUUUAGUCAUUACAUUAUGUAAGAUACCUAUUUUAAACUAUGUUUAAAUGUGUAUGAUGAUACCAAAAAUAUCGAAAUUAGUAAUUGUACAUGGCCUCCAUUCAAUAGUAAUGUUAAAUGUACUUUAAUUAAUGCACUUGAGAGCUAAGAUCUUAAAUCGUCAUAUUAUUCACUUUGUCCGAUAUUGAUGUUGCAGUAAUAUUGAACAUAAGUAAUUUAUAAUAAAUUCAUCGCAUCAUUAUUGUCGUAAACGGACCCCAUUGUAUCACAUUUCUGGCAUACAAAAGACAAUACCUAGAUCUAAUGUUAGUUGUAUGUAAGUUCAUAAAUAAUUGUUCUAUCUUCAAGUGUCUCUUAAUAUAAGUAUUUUGAGUAAAUAAAUAUAUUCAUCAAUGUUAUGAGGAUGUCAUGUUUCAAUGUUUAAUGUGAGGUGUUACGGCAUGCUGGUUCGUCGGUCAUCCAUGCUACACCUCUAUGACUUUCUCAAUACAUAGAUACAUACCAUUUAAUCGAAUGCAGUACGAUCUUAAAACUAUCCUAUAAAACGGAAUUAGACUGUUGUUGUUUUAAAUGUGUAUAAAUUCUACUAGCUUGAGAAUGUGUGAAUGAUGAAUAUGAGAAAUGCAGAUAUCUUUCUUUGUUCGAUAAACGAGCCUCUUUACCAAACGAACCAUCGCUAUUCCAAUUGAGCCCAAACAUGUUUACAUGACGCAGAACUCGAGUCACUGCCUGAAUACAUAUUGCUUUUGCCCCGAAUUUUACAAAGUGGGUAUUGUAUUGCAGAUAUCACAUUUUAUUUUCUGCUCGUAAACAUGUUUGUAGCCAUGGCUAGCUGUCCUAAACAUGCAUGCUUUUUUGAAUUGAACAUCAAUAAAAAUAUGCAUCUUCAAUGGAUGAAGAUACAUCAGGAGAACAGACUCAGAGCAAUGCUUGGUAAGGGGCUAUUUUACCGAACAGUUAUUUUGUAGUUGCCCUAAACUGUGUUGGUUCAGUGUUGCUUCACUUGUUAUGUAUGUCGAAUCAUUAGUUUGUAUGAUAAUGAUACUCGUUGUUUCUUCACAAUUUUGAUCCCAACAAUUUAUAGAAUGAAUUAAAAGUUACUCUGGUAAUUACAUUUAAUAUACUCGUGUGUAGUUUCUGAAUAACCAGUAACAUUAUCUUGCAAGGUGAUUUGUUAGCAUACCAAAGUAUAUUUACAUACGUGUCGGAUAUCACUAUCAUUAUAUUGGCUCCCAAAAUAUUUUGCUGUUGAUACGAGUACCUACGUCUGUUAUGGUGUAUUAUUCUUGUUCAUGUUACUGUAAUCUUAAAAUACUGUAAUUUCAUAGAUUUAAACUUGACGAUUUACGAGAUGUAAUGCAAAUAUUAUUGAUUUGUAUUCAAAUUUAUCCCAAAACUUAUUGCUCGUUUUCGCCUCCUAAUAAAAUGUUAACAAUUAAACACUUAA